AUGAAAUUUGGUCCAUCAAUCUGCGUCGAUCAAGACUGUCAUCCGUACGCGCACUGCGUAGACAAUCGAUGCGCUUGUAGGCCAGGCUAUGAAGGCGACGGAUAUUUGAAGUGCAAAAGACAGACAGGAGGUUCAAGACUGUGUGGUCAGUGUCGCGGUAUACCACUGAAGGAGUUGGCGCAGUGCAUAGACGGGAAGUGUACCUGCGUACCUGGAUACGUGGAAGCUCAUCCUGGGGUGUGUAUGGAAUGUGUUCAGUCAAACUGCCAUCCAGAAGCCCUCUGCCUUCAAACGCCUAUGUACAAUAACACCUUUUCCUGUCAGUGCAAAAGUGGAUAUGUUGGUGACGGAGUGAACGCAUGCCAGCCGCUAAGGGCAAGUGAACCGGAACAACCCAGCAUUGAUUCAACUUGUGGUGGCGGUUGCUCGAUUAGAAAUUCUGAUUGUAAUCGGCGUACCGGCAGGUGUGAAUGUCGUCCAGGCUAUGACUGGGAUGGAAGAUCUCAAUGUGUGUGGAACUGUCGACUCUGUAUCGCCGAUGCAAUUUGUGAUCACCAGAAUGAACGUUGUGCUUGCAAACCCGGUUACUAUGGAGACGGUCAAACAUACUGUGAACUACUUCCAACCCGUCCUGGUGAGUCCCCAGUGUAG